AGGAAGAACAACAGGGAAGCAAGGGGCUGCGAGUACGGAGGAGUAAAGGAACACUUACCUGGAUAUUAGAAACUUGUGACUGACACUGCGACCUUCGUUGGUUUUAAUCUGUUUGAGAUGUCAUUUUGGGGAUAUGGAAUUAAAGAAUUUUAAGCAACGUUUAAGAAAAGAAGGGAAAGCCGGUUAGUGCAAACGUACAUUGUUGCCAUAUCUGGGUUCAUGUUUCAUAGAAUGAAGACUAAAGAAAGGACUGCUCUCCAAAUGCAAAAUGAAGAGGGACCGGAGUAAAAAGUUCCCCACUGGUCUUGUACAAACGGAUCGGACAUUAGUUUCCAGGAUGGAGGUAAAUAAAAGUGAUGUUACUUGCUAACAGGAUGACAGCCAGCAAGAUAGCAGUAGUGAGCAGGAAGCCUGAAACAGGUCACUUUAAAACUGCGAAUAGUGAACUGCAUACAAGUGAGAGAUGAAUGAACAUGUGGCAGACUUCUCCUGUGGCCUCCAUGAUCAGCUCAAUAGUAACAUAAAAUGAAGGUGUGGCAGGGUCAGCAAAGGAGAAAACAAUUGUGGGAAGAUAGAGAAGAUAUGGCUGGUGGACAGAAAGGCUGACAGAAAAGUAACUAGGGAGGAUGUAAAGAUUGAUCUCAAAAGUCCUUAAUGAGGGUUACUUCUACUAGAAAGAGCACAAAAAAUCCUGUGAAAACACCUCCUGAACUUCUGGGUGAUUCUGCAUUUGAGAAAUUCUGCAUCACUUAUACUCAAGGCAUUAAAAGAAGACAACCAAUUCUGCAGGAAAAAGGAAUUUUCCUGUCAAGUCCAUUACAGUCUGUUGAUAACUGGCUGGUUCUGUUGGGACUCCGUGCUUUUGCACAAAAUAUGCUUAAUCAGAAACUGACUAUUGGGGAACCUGUCAUGGACCUUACUGUCAAGGAUCAUGGCAUUAAUGUGAAAAAACAGUUAAAGAACCCAACCUUACCUGUCAGUAAAUCAAAUUUCAAGAAUAAGAAUAUUAGUAUCAAAGAAAAGAUCUCAGAAUGGGAAGGAAAAAGGGAAACGUUAUCCCCUGUGCUGAAAAGGAAAGAGUCAAAUCUAAUGAAAAAGGAAGAAUCUUUGUGUCCCUUUAUUGCCGAAAAGAAAAAGGGAGAUUUUGAGGGUGACAAAAUUGAAAAUAAGAAACUUGCUACCAGGGAGCUGCUAAAUAAAGCAGGAAAAGAAAACGAGAGGAAGGAAGAUACUGGCUGGCCCAAAAUAAAUGGAAUUGAAAAAAAACAGGAAGGAACUGAUAGGGGAGAAAGAAUAAGUUUAUCAACUGAAAGAAACAAAGUACUGAAUGAUGAGAAGAAGACAGAGCCACAGAAGGAGAAUACUUCCGUCUUAAACCACGUAAAAAAGUUUGAACAGGUCUUAAAGGAAAGUCCAGUACAGUCACAACCACAAUUGCCAGGUAAUUACUACUCACCUCAGUGCCUCCAGGAGGCAGCAGACACCGAAAAAAGGAACAUUACACAGACAGACUCCAUUAGUUCAGAGCUUAAGCGCAAACAUCUUAACAUAGACUCUGAAGCUAUUGAACCAAUUUUUGGAACUCUUGAAAAUGUGAAACUUUCAUGGACAAACCAUAAAAUUAGAAAUAUUGGAAAUGUUUAUACAGAACCAGGAGUUCCACAGAAGAAACCUUCUAUAAAUCCAUUACCUAAGCCCAGACGGACCUUCAGACAUGAAGGAGAGGAAAUAACAAGUCCAUUGAUUGGGACACAAACUUGUAAGAGAGAUUUGCCACCUCUGCCAUCCAUUCCUCCUCCUCCACUGCCUAGUUGUCCACCACCCAGAGUAAGUCGGAGACUUUGGAAUGAAAAACACAGGGCUAAUGUCAUUCACAGAAAAUCGUAUGAAUUUGAAGAUUUGCUACAGUCCUCUUCAGAAAAUGGCAAAGUAGACUGGUAUGCUCAGUCAAAGCUGUCAAUAACACGCACUUUAUCUGAAGAAAACAUCUAUGAAGAUAUCCUAGAUCCUCCUUCAAAAGAAAACCCAUAUGAGGAUAUCGAACCAGAUGGACGAUGUUUGGGGAACAAAUGUGUUCCAUCUUUCCCAGGAUCACCUGUACUUUCUGCACCUGAAACUCCAACCAAGCUUCUUUCCAAGCCUGGCUUCUUUCGACAGACAUCUGAUAGACGAAGUUUCAAGCUGCUGGAUCUGAGGAAGAUCAAUCGCGAUGGGAGUGGUUCACCUUCCAAAAUCAGCCCUCCGUCUACACCCAGCAGUCCAGAUGACACCUGCUUCCUAACUGGAGAUCCACAAAAUCCUAGGAGAAGGAGGAAGAUCCCAAAGGUAGUGUUGAAAAUAAAUGCAAUAUUUGAAGCACGAAGAGGGAAAAAAAGAGUAAAAAGGUUCUCUCAGUCAACUGAGACCAGUUCAGGAAAAGUUACAGAUGAGAACAGUGAAUCUGAAAGUGAUAAUGAAGAAAAACUGAAAGCUCAUAGCCAGCGUUUGGUCUUUGUUAAGUCCAUAUUGAAGCAGGCCCCUCGCUAUCGGACUUUGGAACGAGAUCUGAUUGAGUUGCAGGAAAGACAGUUGUUUGAGUACUUUGUUGUUGUUUCACUGCACAAGAAACAGUCGGGAAGUGUUUAUCUACCUGAGGUUACUCAGCAGUUUCCACUAAAGUUUGAUAGAUCCUUUAAGUUCAUGCGAGAAGCAGAGGACCAGUUGAAAGCCAUUCCACAGUUCUGCUUUCCUGACGCCAAGGACUGGGUUCCUGUGACUGUGUUUGCCAGUGAAACUUUCUCAUUUGUCCUGACGGGAGAAGAUGGGAGCAGAAGAUUUGGUUACUGCAGAAGAUUAUUGCCAAAUGGAAAAGGGAAACGAUUACCUGAAGUGUACUGUAUAGUAAGUCGUUUGGGAUGCUUCAACCUUUUCUCAAAGAUUCUAGAUGAAGUUGAAAAACGGCGUGUAAUUUCUCCUGCUCUUGUCCAGCCAUUUAUGAGAGGCAUCAUGGAGGCCCCUUUUCCAGCACCAGGCCGUAAAAUUUCUGUGAAGAAUUUCCUUCCAGGGUCAGGUACUGAGGUUAUAGAACUAUGUCGACCACUGGAUUCUCGAUUAGAGCAUGUGGAUUUUGAAUGCCUUUUUUCUUCUUUGAGCGUUCGUCAUCUGAUGAAAGUGUUUGCAUCCUUGCUUGUUGAAAGAAGGGUCAUCUUUACAGCAGAUAAGCUAAGUACUUUAUCAAAAUGCUGCCAUGCUGUUGUGGCUUUGUUGUACCCUUUCACCUGGCAACACACCUACAUUCCAGUUUUGCCUCCUUCCAUGAUUGAUAUUGUGUGUUCACCUACGCCUUUCUUCAUUGGCUUACUGUCCAGCUCUUUGACCCGACUAAGGGAACUGCCUGUUGAAGAGGUUCUAGUCGUUGAUCUCUGCAAUAAUAAAUUCCUGAGACAGAUGGAAGAUGAGGACUUCAUUUUGCCCCGAAAACUGCAGGCUGCUUUGGAGCACAUUCUGGACCAAAGGAAUGAAAUGGCAAAUGAGAAGGAAGAAGAUACUCCAAAUGGCACAUGCUCUCUAAAUAUGGUGGUAUCAGAAGCCUUUGUCCGUUUCUUUGUUGAAAUUGUUGGUCAUUACUCUUUGUUUAUUGUUCCUAAUGAAAAGGAAGAAAGAAUUUUCCAGCGGGAGGCAUUUCGUAAGUCUGUUUCUUCCAGGAGCCUACGACGUUUUCUUGAAGUCUUUAUGGAGACACAGAUGUUUGGAGGAUUUAUCCAGGAUCGAGAAUUUAGGAAACAAGGGGUGAAAAGUUUGUUUGAGCUGCGGGCACAGGAUUAUUUAGAUACACUCCCUGGAAGUGAGCAGAGUGGUGUAAACAGGUUCUUGAAAGGAUUAGGCAACAAAAUGAAGUUCCUGCACAAGAAAUAGCAAGCAUGUAAGAUGUGCAAUGUUGCUGAUUCUACAGUUAAUGUAAGAAAAAGAAUUUCAUGUAAUUGUCCACUACAACCCCAAAGGAAUAUGCGCAGAACCUUUUACAACAUUUCUGAAUGGUGUAAAAAAUAAGAGACACUACUCUUCAGUUCCAGAGAAAGUCAGUGUCUGAAAGAGGACCAAAUGCAAAACAAUGCUAAGAUUUUAAUGUAUAAAACAUUCAGUGACUGUCCCACAAAAACGUCAGCAGCCUGUUUGUGUACAGAUAUUGUUGCUUUUUUAAAUACAGUUCUCACUGAACUAACUAUGCCAUCAUUUUAAUAUUUUAGGAAAUUCAAAAUAGAUUUUACUUCAUGAUAUAGAUUUAUGUAUAUUUAUGUUGGAUAAAGACUUUGCAUAGUCAAAGAUACUAUUUUAAUUAAAAUGUGUGCCUGGGAGUAUGCCAUAUCGCAACAGAUAGGAUGACUGGAGAAUGAAGCCAAAAGGUUGCUGAGGUUUGCACUGAGUAAAAAUCAUAGUAUUGCUGAACUACAUGACAACCAGCUGGAAAAGAAGAAAAGUUUAUGUAAAGAAGCCUAUGCUAUGGGCUGAUAGUACACAGCAUGAUUAAAUGGCUGUAAAAUAAAAUUGUGACUGGUAUUAGCACCAUGAAACAAGAAGACUGAAAGAAAUGACUGAAUCAAUGGAAACACCAUAAUCAUCAGCUAAUCUCAUUAUAGCUAUCUCCAUACACUUUGUAGUAAGAAAGUGAAAACUGUAAACAAUCUAUCUCAAGCACCUAAAGUUUACAAUGACUGUUUUAUAGAGGGUAACCAACAUAUUUUGUAAAGUAGUUGUAGCUAUAUAUUUCUUUGUAUUGCCUAGAUAAAAGACUGUCUCUGAUUUUAGAGACUGCUAGCACAUAAAAGUAUUCUUCAGUAGUCAUUAGAUGCCCUAGUUGAGAUGUUGAAAUUUAGGGGGCUCCUUGACUUGGACAGUCCAGUGCAAUUUAGUGUUAGGCCAGUAGUACUGCCUUAUUGGCAGGAUGAGCUUCCAGGUGAUAAGCAAAUGCAUAUUCCUGAUUCAGAGUAAAACAUGCCAUUUUAGUAUUAAAAAUGAGCUUAGAAAGCAAGAGAUGUAUAAACUUUAGUUAAUAUAGGUUAUUGCAAUCUACACAGUUCUAGGCAGAUACAUACAAUGUCACAAUUGUUUCUUCCCUACCCUGUGGAAGGGAUCUUCUGUGGUUCUUAUCUGUGUACAGGGGUAAUGUGGUAGCCCACAGAAAUUGGAGGAAGUGUUAAAUCACUGUAGUGUUAGACUGCAGCUGAGCUGAAUAUUUAUUGGUUGAAUGAUGUUCUAUGACUGUUAUAAAAUUCAUCAGCCCAGUAUGUAUUUUAGCCACUGUACAUAAAUGAAACAGAGUAAAUACUUUGUUUACUUUUGUAUUAUUCUUAACGGGUUUAUGCACAUUUUUAUAUGCGUGACCACUAAGGCUGGAUGAAUGUAUUAGACUUAACCCUCUUAAACUGCUUAAGCAAAUAAACAAGACUAGUGAACCCCAUGCACAAUGUUUUUUUUUAGGCUUCUAGGUUUUUCUCUCUCUAAGUUUUAUUACAGGAUACCUUAAGAUAACUAAAUAAAUAUUAUUUAGUCAUAUUAAUAAAUGUAGUGGGUGCUAGUGAAAGAAGUUGUUGUAUCCCACCUGUUCUGAUGUCCACUUUUCUGUAUUCUGUACCAUAACAGUGCACAGUGACUUACAUUGAAAAACAAACAUUGUCAGAAUGAUUGUAUAUUCAUUAAUUUAUUCAUGUGAGCAUGUCAUGAGAUGUUAAUAAUUACCUGUGGCAGAACCAGAAGGUGUUAUUCCUAGUUCAUUAAUGAAGAAAGGUAAGUCAUCCCAGCAGUCCAGUUCUGGUAUAGUGUUUCUAAGUUUGCUAACAACAGUAUGUUAAAUGUUGCAGUUCCAGUAGUUCUGCAUCUAUGUACUAAGAAAAUAAAAACAAAAAGAAAUGUAACCAAAAAAAUGUACAGUUAUAUGCUGAAUGAUUAAUAGCUGUUUUAAAAAGAGUAAAAAUGUGAAACUUAUUAAGACUGAGGAUUAAUGAAAUGUUCAUUUGCACAUC